AUGGAGAUCGCCAUGGUGGCCAUCAGGCCUCUCCUUACGAAGCUCGGGGACCUGCUCGCUGGUGAGUUCACCCUGGAGAAGCGCAUGAGGAAAGGUAUGGAGUCUCUUGUCACAGAGCUAACCUUGAUGCACGCUGCCCUUCGCAAGGUGGCAAAAGUUCCGCCAGAGCAGCUUGACGAGGGGGUCAAAAUAUGGGCAGAAAAUGUCAAGGAGUUGUCCUACCAAAUGGAGGACAUCGUUGACACCAUGAUGGUGCAUGUGGAAGAUGACGGUGAGCCUGUCAACCAGAAUAGAAUCAAGAAGUUGAUCAAGAAGAUCAUCAAAUUAUUCAAGAGCGGAAGGGAUCUGCAUCGGAUGUCUGACUCUCUAGAAGAGGUGAUGGGUCAAGCUAAGCAGUUGGCUGAGCAGCGCAAAAGAUAUGAGCAAGAGAUGCGGGACACCAGUGCUGGUGCUGGCGUUGACCCUCGUGGGGCUCUAUACACAGAUGUGACAGAGCUUGUUGGGAUCGAACAAGCACAAGACAAGUUGAUUAACAUGUUGAUGAUUGGUUGA